CAGUCACUGAAACUACCUUCAGGAGACGAGACAAAGAAGACGCGCCGAGCAGCAGCGAAGGAAUAUAUUUCUACUUGGUUGAACUUUCGAUUUUUUCUUUCAUUGCGGGGACUACUGAAAGCGGAUUUACAGGCAGAUGGGGACCGCUCGGUUCGCGGUGGUUUGGGUCGCGUUCAUCGUCGUUUUUCAGGCCUCAGCUUUAGCGACGACUGAGGAGCCAACAUGUACACCUGGAUUCCAGACAGAUGUGUCGAUUUUCAAAGUGGCCAGAACGCAUCUGAACAGGGGCAUGAGACUGGGCAAAGUGGACUUCACUGACUGCACAGAUCGCACAAGAUUUUUGUUCACCAGUGAUGACUCCCAUUUCAUGGUACAGAGUGAUGGCACGAUGACGGUAAAGAGAGCAGUUUUUCUUCAUGAUGGACACAGGGACUUCUCCAUCCAUUCCUUCGACUUGCAAGGUCGCAAAAUGACUCUUCCUGUCAGGGUACUGUACCAUGGCCAUCACCAUGGGAACCACCACCAGAAUGUUGAGAAUCACCAUGGAGACCACCAUAACCAGCAGCACCACCUUGCUGAAGUGGACUCUGAUAAAGGCAGGGAGGUGCCCGUUCUACAUUUCCCCAAGUCUGGCGAAGGACUGAGCAGGAGGAAGAGAGACUGGGUUAUUCCUGACAUCAAUGUUGCUGAGAACGAUAGAGGACCCUACCCCCUUAAAGUGUCUCAAAUCCGUUCUAAUGAAGAUAAAAUAAAGAAGAUCUAUUACAGCAUCACUGGUCCAGGAGCUGAUGAGGAUCCUGUUAAUCUCUUCACCAUGGACAGAGACACUGGAACUCUGUACCUCACACAACCACUGGACAGAGAGGCACAAGCCAAGUACACAUUCCAAGCGCAUGCUGUGGCAGAUGGUUCAGGAAAUGCUGAGGAUCCUAUGGAUAUCAUAGUGAAUGUCAUUGACCAGAACGACAACAAGCCUGUUUUCAUUCAAGACACCUUCCUGGGAGAUGUUCCUGAGGCCUCGUCAAUCGGUUAUGAGGUGAUUAAGGUUGUGGCCACAGAUCUGGACCAGCCAAAUACUGACAACUCGGAUAUCCGCUACCGUAUUUUAAGCCAGGACCCUGAGUUGCCCAGUGACUUUCUGUUUGUCAUCAACCCAGUCAGUGGAGCCAUCAGAGUGAAUGCAGGUGGACUAGACAGAGAGAAAUACCCAAAGUACACUCUGGUGGUACAAGCAUCGGACAUGGUGGGAGAAGGAUCAAGUGGAGAAGCCAAAGUUAUCCUUACUGUCACAGAUAGCAACGACAAUGCUCCGGCCUUCACUCAAACAACUGUGCCCGUUCUACAUUUCCCCAAGUCUGGCGAAGGACUGAGCAGGAGGAAGGGAGACUGGGUUAUUCCUGACAUCAAUGUUGCUGAGAACGAUAGAGGACCCUACCCCCUUAAAGUGUCUCAAAUCCGUUCUAAUGAAGAUAAAAUAAAGAAGAUCUAUUACAGCAUCACUGGUCCAGGAGCUGAUGAGGAUCCUGUUAAUCUCUUCACCAUGGACAGAGACACUGGAACUCUGUACCUCACACAACCACUGGACAGAGAGGCACAAGCCAAGUACACAUUCCAAGCGCAUGCUGUGGCAGAUGGUUCAGGAAAUGCUGAGGAUCCUAUGGAUAUCAUAGUGAAUGUCAUUGACCAGAACGACAACAAGCCUGUUUUCAUUCAAGACACCUUCCUGGGAGAUGUUCCUGAGGCCUCGUCAAUCGGUUAUGAGGUGAUUAAGGUUGUGGCCACAGAUCUGGACCAGCCAAAUACUGACAACUCGGAUAUCCGCUACCGUAUUUUAAGCCAGGACCCUGAGUUGCCCAGUGACUUUCUGUUUGUCAUCAACCCAGUCAGUGGAGCCAUCAGAGUGAAUGCAGGUGGACUAGACAGAGAGAAAUACCCAAAGUACACUCUGGUGGUACAAGCAUCGGACAUGGUGGGAGAAGGAUCAAGUGGAGAAGCCAAAGUUAUCCUUACUGUCACAGAUAGCAACGACAAUGCUCCGGCCUUCACUCAAACAACUGUGCCCGUUCUACAUUUCCCCAAGUCUGGCGAAGGACUGAGCAGGAGGAAGAGAGACUGGGUUAUUCCUGACAUCAAUGUUGCUGAGAACGAUAGAGGACCCUACCCCCUUAAAGUGUCUCAAAUCCGUUCUAAUGAAGAUAAAAUAAAGAAGAUCUAUUACAGCAUCACUGGUCCAGGAGCUGAUAAGGAUCCUGUUAAUCUCUUCACCAUGGACAGAGACACUGGAACUCUGUACCUCACACAACCACUGGACAGAGAGGCACAAGCCAAGUACACAUUCCAAGCGCAUGCUGUGGCAGAUGGUUCAGGAAAUGCUGAGGAUCCUAUGGAUAUCAUAGUGAAUGUCAUUGACCAGAACGACAACAAGCCUGUUUUCAUUCAAGACACCUUCCUGGGAGAUGUUCCUGAGGCCUCGUCAAUCGGUUAUGAGGUGAUUAAGGUUGUGGCCACAGAUCUGGACCAGCCAAAUACUGACAACUCGGAUAUCCGCUACCGUAUUUUAAGCCAGGACCCUGAGUUGCCCAGUGACUUUCUGUUUGUCAUCAACCCAGUCAGUGGAGCCAUCAGAGUGAAUGCAGGUGGACUAGACAGAGAGAAAUACCCAAAGUACACUCUGGUGGUACAAGCAUCGGACAUGGUGGGAGAAGGAUCAAGUGGAGAAGCCAAAGUUAUCCUUACUGUCACAGAUAGCAACGACAAUGCUCCGGCCUUCACUCAAACAACUUAUGAGGCAACUGUUGCAGAAAAUAAGGUGGACGUUCAGGUCAUCACGAUGUCAGUAACAGAUGGUGACGAGCCACAUUCUCCAGCCUGGAAUGCCAAGUUCAAGAUUGUUGAUGGUGAUCCUGGUGGACUCUUCACUGUGAAAACGGGAAGCAACAAACAUGAAGGAAUCAUUUCUACAGCCAAGGGUCUUGACUUUGAGAAGAGCAGCAAGCACACUCUGUUGGUUGCAGUGGAAAAUGAGGUUCCUUUUGCUACUCCGCUGCCCACUGCCACUGCCACUGUAGUGGUGACUGUGCAGGACAUCAAUGAAGCUCCUGUCUUUGAACCAAAAGAGAAGCUUGUGUCAAAACGGGAGGACCUUGCCGUCGAUGCUGAAGUGGUUCAGUAUAUUGCCUCUGACCCAGACACUGCACGCAAACAGAAAGUCAUGUAUAGAAUAAUUAGAGACCCUGCAGGCUGGCUGAAUGUGGGGAAAGAGACGGGCGUGAUUAAGGUGAAAAGUCCCAUGGACAGAGAGUCCUCCUUCGUCAAGGAUAACAAAUACACAGCGCUCAUUGGCGCAUAUGACAAUGAUGAAGUCCCAGCCACAGGAACUGGUACUCUAGUAAUCAAGCUUGAAGAUGUCAAUGACAAUGCACCAACCAUUGAGGAACGAUCAAUCAUGGUGUGUAACAAGGAAACUGCCCCUCAGCUGCUGGCAGUGACAGAUAAAGAUGGAUCAGGCUUUGCUGCUCCAUACAGCGUAUCCUUACAGGGCAUGUCGAAGACCAACUGGACCGCUAGGAUGAACGACUCCAAAACGGGCAUCAUUCUGAAUUUAGCCACUGAGCUGGAAAGUGGUCAGUACACUGUGAUCCUGAGGGUUUCAGACAAUCAGGGUCUAGAGCAGGACAGCACGGUCCAGGCCACAGUGUGUGACUGCAAAGGGGAAGCUGUGAGCUGCCUGCGUGUGGCCAGUGUCCCCCAACUGCCCAUAAUCCUGGGAAUACUGGGAGGCGUCCUAUUGCUGCUCAUGCUGGUGUUGCUGCUGCUGUUGUUUGCGAGACGGAGAAGAGGAGAGAAGAAGGAGCCUCUACUCCAGGAUGACGAUAUCAGAGACAACAUCUACUACUAUGAUGAGGAGGGAGGCGGCGAGGACGAUCAGGACUAUGACUUGAGUGUUCUCCACCGUGGUCUGGACAACAGGCCAGAGGUGUUCAGGAACGACGUGGUGCCGAACUUCAUGCCGGCUCCUCAGUACCGGCCUCGCCCUGCCAACCCAGAGGAAAUCGGCAACUUCAUCGAUGAUAACCUGAAGGCAGCUGACAACGACCCGACAGCGCCCCCCUACGACUCCCUGCUGGUGUUUGACUACGAAGGAGGCGGCUCUGAUGCAGGAAGCCUCUCCUCUCUGAACUCGUCGAGCAGUGGAGACCAGGACUAUGACUGCCUCAGUGAAUGGGGACCCCGAUUCAAGAAACUUGCUGACAUGUAUGGAGGUGGAGAAGAUGACAUGCUGUAAAUGUACCAAAGAGCAAAGAGUAUGGAUAGGAUAGGUGGAUGCACGAAUGGCUGUGUGAAUGUUAGAUUGAUGUAAGCUUGAACUGAUAAGUAAAUGCAUCCUAAGAGAACUGUCAGCCAGAUAUCAGUAGACCCACAGAUUUUUUUUCUGUGUGGGGAUCGCGGUUUACCUUUCAGUUCAGUUCUCUUGGCAGUUAACAGCCACUGCUCAGGAGCCAAGAAUGAGGUUUUUUUUUAUACAAGUUCCCCAUUUUGAUCGCUUAAGCUCUGCCUGCAUGUCUUUUAGAUCCCUGUUUGACUACUAGGCUAAAGACUAAUGAUGCUGUUUCUUUAUUUUUUGUUCAUUGGGUUCUGGAGCCACAUCAUCAGUCUCAGUGUUGAUUUAUGGAUUUUGUGCAGAUAUUUUAGCCUGCGUUGUGGCUUACUGGGUGACACUGGACACGCACGCAGAUGCAGUUGCACUGGUAACAUUUGUCAUUUUGACAAUGUAUGGUACUUUACUUCUUUUGUCUUUUUUGUGAGUUCGUACUACUGCUUCAGUUAGAUUGCUUUGUUUUGUAUUUCUGUUUGAGAAAUGAAAUGACAAAAAAUCAAGGUGAAAUCCAGGUAGCCAGCCGGCAUCACACUGACGGUGUGGCCAGUGAAUUAUCAAUAAAUGCUUUUUAAAAUGUUUAAUAAGUGCCUGUUCAGUUGACCACACUGUAAUGUCAAAAACCUUUUGCAGUUACCUCCAAAGGUACUUUAUUACAAAUGCUUUGUUUAUUUUGAAUUUUUUAUAAAGUUGUCUUAAUACAGUGA